AUGUCUGGACAACCUCAUUACAAGUAAGAAAGCAUUCCAAUAUUUAGUUUUCUGAAUGUGCCGAAUUUUGGCAUGUUGAAUCCUUAAAAUACUCAGAUAUCUUAAGUGUACGAGAAGGCUAUUAAAGAGGCUGUGAAUAGUGUGCAUUUAUAAAAAUUAGGAAAAAAACAACUAUAAUAAAUUGCAAAAGAACUGAAUAUACCUGAAAAAAAAAAAAAAGAAGAAAUUAUUAGCUCAAUUCCUACACAACUUCUACAAUUUUUGAUAUAAGUUGAUCCUUCAAGACCUGUGGAAUAGCUUCUUCAACACCAACCAAACCUUCAAAACAACGAGAGCAUAGUGGCCAUCUUAAAGAAAUUUUAAGGAAGCAUAAUCAAUAGAGCACAAUCAUUCCCAUAACAACCACAAAUGCAGCGAGCCAUUCCAUAAAUCCUGGCAAAUCCAUACAUGAACUAUAUGGUCCUCCCAUAAGCAUAGCAAUAGCAACAAUUAUUACAAUACAAUCCAUUAAUGAAUAUGAAUCUCUAUCAAUAACAGAUGAGAUAAAAUACCCCACAAUAAUUUUACUAUCAAUAUAACAAUCAAUGGAAUGAAUCCAUUACAAUUCCAUAAACAGAAAUUUAACAACUCCUCAUGUGUCCAUGUAAAAUCAUUCCCGCCAAAAGAGUUACUAAUGAGGAAGUUAAAUGCAUUAAUUGCGAUAACAAACUUCAUAUUUCCUGUAUGAAAUUGUAGCCCAACGAUGUCAAGAUGUUCGAAUGUCCAGUUUGCAUUCUCAGCAAAAUUGACCCACUCAAUCAAAUUAUAAAAGUUCUUGCUAAACCAACCCUGAUGAAUGCUAAUUCAAGCACACUCAGUUUCAUGCUUACUGCUGAAGAAUUCCAUCAAUUAUAAGAUCGCUCAUUUUAAUACUAAGUAGAAUUGAGAUCAAUUAGACUUGAUGCUAAAUACAUGAAUGAAAUUACUUGGCCUGAUUUCUGUGAAAUCUCAAUCAAUCAGCAACGUCUUGUGGAACUAAAACCACUUAAAUCAAAUAGCAGUCUAAAAAAAAGAAAGGACGAAAUUCAGAUCAUUCCCUUCCAGCAUAACAAUAUUACUCUCUCCAUCAAAUAAGGCUACAAUCAAAUCAUAAUCAAAGAUGGACAAAAUUUCCAAGAACCCAAAGCAUAGUUUAAAUUGUGCGAAGAUGGAGUCUAUGCACAAGCCAUUUACUUGACAAAGAAGAGACCACAUUAAGAAUUGAUCAAUCAGAUUAAAUAAAAUAAAGAGUGUCUUAAAACUAAGGAAGAGUGUAUACAACUCAUUUAAAAAGCAUGUGUGGCUGAAAAGACGGAUAAUGAUGUUCAAAUUGAUAAAAUCACCAUCAAAGUUUCACUCAAGUGUCAAUUUGAUUCUCAAAUGAUCUAGACUCCUGCUAGAGGAAAGUUUUGUGCACAUGUCUAAUGUUUCUCUCUUGAAAAUACCAUCACUAUUAAUGCUGGUACAUCAAAGAAGUGGAAAUGCCCUGUUUGCAAGAAAAAGAUUUUUGAUAUCAUGAUCGAUUAGUAUUAAUUGCAAUUAUUGGAACAAUAUAGAAAUAACAAAGAAAACAUUAAGGAAGUCGUUUUUGAUUAAAAUGGUGAAAUAGUGUAAGAGAUCAAAGAAGAAUUGGAAGAGUCUGAAGAAGAAUAAGUUAGUAUCAAUAAGCAGAAUCAAUUAGAAGAAUAACAAAAACAAGCACUUUAAUAGUUGGCAGAUCCAACGCUUCUACGACUCAUUAUGAUGAACCCUACAACUCUGAUUUAGAUGCAAUUGUAUUAAAAACAAAUGGGCUAAAUUUCGGUCCUGUAGUAACAACAACAAAUUUAAUAAUAACAGAUGUAGCAUAAAGAGAAGAAUGAAAAUGUCAACACUUAUUAAAAUAAGUCAUAGUUAAAAUAAUUAGUUGAAUCAAAUUUAUCUAAUAUUGAAGGGAAGUAAAAUUCAUUACAAUAAUUAUUGUCUCAAUAGACAAUUACAAAGCCUAAAUUCAUAAAAUUUAAAAAAUUUGAAGCUUGGUUAGAUGAAGUAUCUUAAUAAGAGCUUGCUUAAAAGAAUUUAGAAAAACAGAUAAAUGAUCAAAUAAACGAAGAUUAAUAAAAUUUAGAACAAAAUUAAUCCUAAUAAUAAUAAGAUUCAUAAUAAUUGGAAAAGUAAUAAUAAUAAUAAUUACAAUCCGAAUAAUAGUAGUCAAUCUAAUAACAACAAUAAUAAUAAUUAUUAUAAUAGCAAUAAUAACAACAACAACAACAAUAAUAACAAUAAUAAUAAUAAUAAUAACAAUUAUAAGCUACACAUCAAGAAAAUGAUAAACCAACAUAAAAAUCUAAUAGAUUGAAAGAAAGAAUGGUUAGAGUAAUAAAAAAAUAAUUUUCUGAAUUUAUUAGAAAGAAUUUUGCUAACAAUGUAAAUGUUUCUGCUGAGAACAAUGUUAAAAAUCCUUAAUAGACAUAAUAAUAAUAAUAAAGUGCCACUAAAAAAUAUAUCUAUAAACUUUCUGAAGAGAAACCUAAAAUUAAUACUACUACUCAAUUCACAAAAAUGUUGGCUGAUCAGAUCAUUAUGCAAAAUCCUGGUCAAAUUGAAAAACAGCAUGAAGAUUUGAAAUCUUUUGGGGAGGAGUAAUUAAAAUCAUUAUAAGCUUUUCUCCCUUAAGGGUUUACUAAUCCAUAAUCUGUAUUUUAAUAAUAAAUAGUCAAUUAAAAAUAAUCCGAUUCUAAUGCUUAGAUUUAAAAAGUAUUAAGUAAUUAGAAUCCAACCCUUGUUGGAUAACAACCAUAACCAUAAUAAUAAUAAUAACAACAACAACAACAAUAAUAACAAUAAUAAUAAUAAUAAUAAUAAUAAUAAUAAUAAUAAUAAUAGUAAUAAUAGUAAUAAUAGUAAUAAGUUCCUUAAUAAAAAAUGAAAGAAAAAUCUUUACAAAAAAUAAAAUCUCCUCAACCCAGUGCCAGCCUUGAGGAUAAAAAUGGAAAAAAUAUGGAUAAUCCAAUUUGCAUAGAUUGA